AUGGGAGAAGGGGAUGGAAUCUGGGAGAAGGGGAUGGAAUCUGGGAGAAGGGCAUGGAAUCAGGGAGAUGGGGAUGGAAUCUGGGAGAAGGGGAUGGAAUCUGGGAGAAGGGGUGUAAUCUGGGAGAAGGGGAUGGAAUCUGGGAGAAGGGGAUGGAAUCUGGGAGAAGGGGAUGGAAUAUGGGAGAAGGGGGUGGAAUCUGGGAGAAGGGGAUGGAAUCUGGGAGAAGGGGAUGGAAUCUGGGACAAGGGGAUGGAAUCAGGGAGAAGGGGAUGGAAUCUGGGAGAAGGGGAUGGAAUUUGGGAGAAGGGUAUGGAAUCAGGAGAAGGGGAUGGAAUCUGGGAGAAGGGGAUGGAAUCUGGGAGAAGGGGAUGGAAUAUGGGGGAAGGGGAUGGAAUCUGGGAGAAGGGGAUGGAAUCUGGGAGAAGGGGAUGGAAUCUGGGAGAAGGGGAUGGAAUUUGGGAGAAGGGUAUGGAAUCCGAGAGAAGGGGAUGGAAUCUAGGAGAAGGGGAUGGAAUCUGGGAGAAGGGGAUGGAAUCUGGGAGAAGGGGAUGGAAUCUGGAAGAAGGGGAUGGAAUCUGGGAGAAGGGGGUGGAAUCUAGGAGAAGGGGAUGGAAUCUGGGAGAAGGGGAUGGAAUCUGGGAGAAGGGGAUGGAAUCUAGGGGAUGGAAUCUGGGAGAAGGGGAUGGAAUAUGGGAGAAGGGGAUGGAACCAGAGAGAAGGGGAUGGAAUCUGGGAGAAGGGGAUGGAAUCUGGGAGAAGGGGAUGGAAUCUGGGAGAAGGGGAUGGAAUGAGGGAGAAGGGGAUGUAAUCUGGGAGAAGGGGAUGGAAUCUGGGAGAAGGGAUGGAAUCUGGGAGAAGGGGAUGGAAUCAGGAAGAAGGGGAUGGAAUCCGGGAGAAGGGGAUGAAAUCUGGGAGAAGGGGAUGGAAUCUGGGAGAAGGGGAUGGAAUCGGGGAGAAGGGGAUGGAAUCAGGGAGAAGGGGAUGGAAUUUGGGAGAAGGGGAUGGAAUCUGGAGAAGGGGAUGGAAUCUGGGAGAAGGGGAUGGAAUCUGGGAGAAGGGGAUGGAAUCUGGGAUAAGGGGAUGGAAUCUGGGAGAAGGGGAUGGAAUCUGGGAGAAGGGGAUGGAAUUUGGGAGAAGGGGAUAGAAUCUGGAGAAGGGGAUGGAAUCUGGGAGAAGGGGAUGGAAUCUGGGAGAAGGGGAUGUAAUAUGGGAGAAGGGGAUGGAAUCAGGGAGAAAGGGAAGGAAUCUGGGAGAAGGGGAUGGAAUCUAGGAGAAGGGGAUGGAAUCUGGGAGAAGGGGAGGGAAUCUGGGAGAAGGGGAUGGAAUAUGGGAGAAGGGGAUGGAAUCUGGGAGAAGGGGAUGGAAUCAGGAAGAAGGGGAUGGAAUCUGGGAGAAAGGGAUGGAAUCUGGGAGAAGGGGAUGGAAUGA